AGUUCGCAGCAUCAUCAUCAUCUACGGCCCACGAAAACAGUACGGUGAAUGAGUCACCGACACGGCUAUAAAAGAAAUCUCAGACCAAUUACUACAACAAAACUCUUCUACUUGCAUCCAUCAGCAAAAUAUCGAGCUUCCACAAGCAUCACUCUCUGGCUUUCGUUUCCUUUGCCCGUUGUGCGUGUUAUCUGCUCAUUACCGGAAACGGAAGAAACUGGUCCAAACUGCGGCAGAAUGGUUUGUGAGUUGACAGCGAAGUACAGGUCCUUGAAGUCAAUGCCGGAGACGGAGACGGAGGCAGGGGCAGAGCAAGAAGAAGACCCAGAAGAGGGUUGCAUAUCAUGCACCACUUUCAAUAUCCUGGCUCCCAUCUACAAGCGGUUGGAUCAACAUGGACAGAAUCAAGGUCUUCGGGAAAGCGAAUUCAGGGCGUUCUGGAGGUGCCGGAACCAGGGGAUUUUGGAUUGGUUGCUCCAUGAAUCGUCCUCCGUUGUUAUAUGUCUCCAGGAAUUCUGGGUUGGAAAUGAUGAACUUGUGCAUAUGUACCAGGAGAGGCUCGGCUAUGCAGGCUAUGUUACCUUCCAGCUUGCACGAACCAACAACCGUGGAGAUGGUCUGUUGACUGCCAUACAUAAGGACUACUUAAGGGUUUUGGAUUAUCGAGAGUUGCUUUUUAAUGGCUUUGGUGACCGUGUUGCUCAGCUGUUUCAUGUUGAGUCAGUUGUCCCUUUUUUACAAAACCACGAGGGCAAUGCUCUACAAGAAAUUCUAAUUGUGAACACCCACUUGCUAUUUCCUCAUGUUUCAAGUCUAUCUCUAGUAAGACUGCGUCAGGUUUUCGAAAUACUGCAAUAUGUAGAGUCAUAUCAGAAAGAAAAAAAGCUCAAACCCAUUCCCAUCAUACUAUGUGGUGACUGGAAUGGAAGCAAGCGUGGGCAUGUUUACAAGUUCCUUAGGUCACAGGGAUUUGUAUCAUCCUAUGAUACUGCGCAUGAAUAUACCGACAGUGAUGCAGAUGCUCACAAGUGGGUUAGCCACCGCAAUCAUAGGGGAAACAUAUGUGGUGUCGAUUUCAUUUGGCUUUGUAAUCCUAACAAGGCGCUCAAACCAUUAAGAACAAGUUGGGCUGAAGCAGUUUUUGGAAUAAUAAAGGGUGACAACCAUGUGGAUUUUAUUAAAUUUUCCAACUUCUGUGAAGCACUGCGCCAGGUUAAUUUAAUUGGUCUUCCUUGUGGGCUAAGUUUCCCAGAGAUAAAGGAUUUGUGGGCCCAAGCAGACAUCAAUGGAGAUGGUGUUGUUGAUUAUGAAGAAUUCAAGCAGAAGAUUUGGAAUCCUACAUGGUCAGGGCAGACAGAGGAGAAUCUUGAGACAAGUGUAGAAGAACUUAAACAGAGCACCACCAAGGAAGCCAUCGGUUUCAAAGUGAAGAAUGCAGUUCUCUUCCCUCGGGAAGUGGAGAAAGGAAUGUGGCCUGAAAACUACUCUCUUUCUGAUCAUGCCCCACUCACUGUUGUCUUUUCACCUGUAAGCUUGUCCAAUAAUCAUACCUAGGCAUGCAUAGAGUACUAGAGAGCCUAUAAAUGAAGAACACAAUCUCAGGGAACUUAUAUGUACAGCCUAUAGAAAUCCUCUGCUUACAGUUUAGGUCAGCCUCAGCCAUUUUUAAGAGGCCAAGACUGAAAGUAUAUUUCGGAUGAUUUAUAAUGUGAAAUGCUUAUACAGAAGUAACCAAUUCAAGGGAUUUGAAAAAUCCUGAUUUAAGCA